AUGGUCAACAAACAAAUCGAGAAAGAAUUAUUUAGAGGUAACCCUUUCGUUAUAAACAGACCCUUCGUAAUGACUGACCGCUUACGCCAGAAAUCUCGCUUCGUCGUUUUCAUGCUGCAAGACGGUGUGGUUUUGGCUCUUGUGACGUCAGAAGAUGAACUUGUUAUAACGUCGGAGGCAACCUUUAAUAGCCAUAGUCAUGCUAAGAACAUAAUGAGAAUAAUGAGAAUAGCAUUUGUCAAAAAAGUUAAGAACAUCAGACUUAAACUAAAACGCACUUUUCUUAUAAAAACAGCGUGUUAUAGCCACUUCAGUGUUUCAAAUACUGUUAUCAAUAUGGGUCCUGUGUUCGGGAUGUAUAAAUAUAAAGCAAUGCAGACUUUUAAUGAGAGAUUCAGUAGAUUCUCCCACGGGUAUUCAGCUAGUUCUUCACUAUUUUCUGGGAUAAACCGAGAAGAAUAUAAUAGGAAUCUGUUACAAGAGAACAACUUGAAUCCAAGGAAAUUUUGGAACAUCAGAAAAAAAUUGUUUCCAACGAAGAGUAAAGCAAAUUUCGCUUCAACCACGUGCAACAAGGCAGAAAAUAUUGCAAAGGCAAAUACGUUUUGUGAUUACUUCUCGACAAUAGUGAAGACAUUAAAAUCUAGUGUAUCUUUAUUAAAUUAUUAUGUCUGGAAGACUCCGCAUUACAUCGCUCAACGAACUGUUAAAAUUUUCAGAAUGGAAUAUUCAGGUAAUAUUAACAAACCAGACAGUUGCCGACCGAUUUCUGUUUUACCAGCCCUCUCAAAAGUACUCGAAAAGGCAGUCCAUAUCCAGCUAAGCGGGUAUCUCGAAGCCAACCAACUCUUAUCGGAGUUUCAAUUUGGAUAUCGUUCAAAUAGGUCUACAUCGACCGCGGGAGCAUUGUUUGUUGGCAACAUCAAAAAGGAAGUUGAUAAUGGAAAGUUAACGGGAGCUGUAUUUAUUGACUUAACUAAAGCGUUCGACACUAUAAGUCAUGCUGUUUUAUUAGUGAUAAAAUACGCAGAUGACACUGUUGUCUACUUUUCACACUCGAAAAAAUCGGUGUUCAUGUCAACCCUUACAAAAGAACUUUCAAAUAUAUCUUCAUACUUAGAUUUAAAUGAACUUAUAAUCAAUCUAAAAAAGGGUAAAACUGAAGUCGUGCUUAUUGGAACAGCUAAACGUUUAUCGCUAAAUACUGACGACUUCACUGUUAAUUAUAGAGACCCUCAAAUCAACCAUGCCUCAAAUAAAAGCGAGGCGUUAUUUCACAACCUUUCACAGCUACCAAGGGUUUUUCAGUCUCCAGUUACUGGCAGUUUGUGA